CGACAUCAACCGGAAAUGUGUGUGUGUCGCUCUCUCUCUCAGCGAGCGAGCCUCCUCCCGUCACGGGCGGAAUUUCCGAGGUCCCAAUCCGAAACAGCGGCAGGAAUACUCCUCCUCCACCACCACCACCACCACCACCCCACCCCCACCCUGGCUGCCUCACUCCUACGAUCCCUCCGUCCACCAAACUUCCAAGGCACACAAAGAGCUCUGGAGAAAAUUGAAGAGGCCACGGCCAAAUUUGCCAUUGAUGCCAACAAAUACCCUAGGCGUUCAAGGACUAGUACCGGAAAUGUUAUUCGACAGUUUCCACUCAAUGACAACAACAUGGCGGCGCCCACAACGAGGACGCUAGCGGCGUUCCAGCGAGCGACAUGGAGCACUUUUAAGGCUGUCAAAACACCAGCGGACGUGCAGCGGCACCCUGUCCCGCUUUUAGUGCCUGUGCGGACCAAGAAGCGCUACUUCGUCCCCCCGGCCGUGGGCCUGAAGAGCAAGCGGGAUCUCAACCCUGAGGCCAAGGCCCAAGCGGCUGGCGUCGUGUUCCGGCAGCAGUACAUGGAGAGGCCCAUCAACAUCGCCUGCACCGCGGGAAUCUUUGACCCCUACAUCCCUCCCGAGGGCGAUGCUCGUCUUUCCUCUAUGUCCAAAGAAGGCUUAAAGCAGCGCACCGAGCAGCUACGACAGAGCGCCUCCUCGCUGCUGGCAGUUCGGAAGAUCAAAGAGUUUGACUCGGAAUUCUCCUCCAAAGAUUUUGCUGAGCAAGCCCAGGAAAUCUUCAUCGAGGCUCACAACGCACUGUGCAUGUUCAGCAAAGAGAAGCUUCACUCACUGGUGACAGAGCGAUGUUAUCCGGAGAUGACGCGGGGUAACCGCUACAAGACCCUGCACUGGCGCUUGGUGGAGUCGCUGGAGGCGCCCCGCGUGGUACACGCCCGCAGCCCCGACAUGGUUGCUAAGGGCAACCUGUACGGCCAGGUGACGGUCCGCAUGCACUCUCGACAGGAAACAAAGGCGAUGAUGACUGAUGGUUGCACUUUCAAAAUAAAUUGCGUUGACAGUGUCCUCCUGCAGACUCUGGCCAUCUAUGACCGGUUCGGACGGUUGAUGCUGGGCAGCGAAGAGCAGCCCAAGGAUGUGUUGGAGUAUUUGGUCAUGGAGCGGCACCUGGUGAACCCCUACGGACGCUGGCGACUCCACGGGAAGAUUGUGCCGUCCUGGGCCCCCGCCAAGGACCCCAUCAUUAAAACCGUCAUGAUUCCCAGUCCAAACCUAAAACCUGGUGAGGAAUUUGAUGUCCUCAACUACCAAGUUCCCAAAGCAGAGGCAGUGCAGUGGUCAAAAUGAGCCUCCAGGUGGUGCUGCUGCACCUUCCAGCCACAGUAGGACCUGUUCAAAUUCAAAUGUGACCACCUGUGUAGUUCUUGAGUCCACUUUUGGAGCACUUUUUGGUUGUUAAAAUGUUGCAUUUUUCCCAAAUCAGACUCUGCUGUCUUUGCUAUUUUUGUCUAUUUUAAUAAUUCAAAUGGCAUGUGUGCAAAGAAAAAGCUAAUAAAAGUGAUGUUCAGAAGUGGUAAGGACAAUUUCUUUGACUGCAUGAUGCAAGAUAAGGAAAAUGUCCCUAUCUGCCUGAGUUUUAGUAGGGUUGUGGUGCGGACCUCACUAAUAAAUACAUUUUCCCUGGGAUACACGCACUUGCAAACAAUGGGGAACUUCCAGGCAUGUACUGCAAGUGUUGUAUAUGUAAUGUGUUUUUCCCUAUAGUGCAUGGUCGUUGAUGUAAUUAAGGGAAUUUAGUUUUGCUGAUUUUCUUUUCUUUGCUGAUGUACUCUUGCUCCCACGUUUUCUAAUUCUGAACAUGAAUUGCUUUAAUAAAAAUAUACACAACUGGA